CGAUCUCUCUUCCUCGUCUAUCCACUAACCAUGUCGACGUCCCCGCCCACCAACGAACACUACCUCGUCAUCGGCGGCUGCGGCUUCCUGGGCCGACACAUUGUCGACGCGCUCCUCGGCCGUGGCGAGCCAAAUGUGGCCGUGUUCGACAUUGUGCAGCGGCAUUUCGACGAAAACGUCACGUUCUACACUGGCGACAUCACGAAGCUCGAGGACGUGAGCGACGCGAUUGUUAAGUCGGGCGCCCAGGUGGUGAUCCACACCGCAUCGCCGCCGCACGGCCGUGGCCCGGCCGUCUACGAGGCCGUGAACGUGACCGGCACCGCAAACGUGAUCGAGGCAUGCCGGGCGGCCGGCGUCCCAAAGCUCGUGUACACUUCAUCCGCAGGUGUGGUUUACAGCGGCAAGGAGGACCUGAUCAACGCGGAUGAGCGCCUUCCCUACCCCGCUGUGCCGAUGGACGCGUACAACGACACCAAGGCGCGCGCCGAAGAGCUGGUGCUGCAGGCCAACUCGUCCACCCUCCUCACCUGCGCCCUCCGGCCAAGCGGCAUCUUCGGCCCAGGCGACAGGCAGGCGAUCAGCGGCUUCCACUCGGUGAUCAAAAACGGCCAGACAAAGUUCCAGAUCGGGAGCAACCAGAACCUCUUUGACUGGACGUACGUCGGUAAUGUCGCGCACGCGCACCUCCUCGCCGCCGACAAGCUCGCCGACACCUACCCAAUCGCUGGGCUACACGAGCCGCUGCCGUGGGUCAACCUCUCGCUGCCGGACCACCGCAUCCCGACGUCGGAGGCGCACCCUCUCGGCCCCAACCCCAGCCCGACGCAACACGACCUGCUGCUUGCGCAGCGCUUCGAGAGCGGCGAGGUCGACCCCGCAGACCUGCGCCCGGUGCUGCGGUCCAAGAUGGACCAGUUCUCGGCACUGUCGGACCAGGACGACGACGCGCCCGGUCCGCGGGUGGCAGGCCAGGCGUUCUUCAUCAACAACUGCGAGCCUGUUGCGUUCUGGGACUGGACGCGCGCCGUGUGGGCUGCGCUCGGCCACAUCCCGCCGUACACGAUUGUGCUGCCCGCCGCGGUGGGGCUGAUUCUCGCUACGCUUGCCGAGAUGUGGGCCAAAAUCGCCGGCAAGGAGCCCGGUUUCACGCGUUUCCGCGUUACGUUUGCGACGCAGCAGCGAUACUAUGACAGCGAGCGCGCGCGGCGCCUGCUCGGAUACACGCCGAUUGUGGGGAUCACUGAGGGCCUCGACCGCUGGACUCAGUGGUACAAGAAGGAGCUCGAGGCGACGGAGGGGGUCGAGACCGAGUCGGCCAAGACCAAGUAGAGGCGAGAUAUUGUCAGAGUUCUAAUAUGCAGCUGUA